AUGCAGCCGCCAAACCCUCUUGGCUUUGGUGUUGAUGAAGUCGGUGAUCUUGCCGCAUUCACUGAGAACAAAGUAGACGAUCAGCCCAUGUCCCAGCACGACUUGUCGGCGGCGUACACUGACGAGAUAAGCAAAAGGAAGAAGCAGAGAGGGACACAGACCAGCUGGGCAUGCACGCGCUGUCGUAAGCGGAAAAUUAAAUGUUCCAAAGACAGACCCGGUUGUGGUCGCUGUCUUCAAGACCGGGCUCUCUGCGUAUACAUGGCCACUACCCGUUCACGGACUGCUGCUGUACGAGUACUAGGAGACCACCCACCCAGAGUUGGACAAACAAUUGAGUCGAGCGCUUCGCUCGAACCACCAGGGCUCGAUCAGCGGUCUCGGGCCAGACACAAGCCAUCAGAAGAAUGGUCAGGUCUUUCUCUCCCCGAGGCGGAGUCUUGCGAACCAACAAAAUCAGGAUCGCCAUACUCAGCUAGGAAGACCAGUGAUGAUCACCCAUCGUCUGUCGGAGGAUGGAAAUGGCCCGCAGCGCACUCACCACCGUCAGGCCCCGCGAUCUCAAGGUACAUCGGUGGGCGGUGCUCCGCGUCUGCGGCUCCCACGCCGACGCGCUCUGCGCUGCCGGAGAACGCUUUCUGGGAGUGUGACGGGUCGGAGAUCAACACAGAUGGUUUUUGGGCCGCUCACGGUGCGGUGCACAAUGUGGACUAUUUUAAGUCCCAACCUCAUGGAGGUGUCGUGACGACAUACCUGCAGGAGAAUGAGGAGGGGCGCAGUAUCAAGGCUGCGCUUGCUGAGCCGUCUGAGUCCGCGUCCGCCAUCGACGAUCGAAUUCGCCACAUUGCUACGGGCUCCGAUCUAAGGUAUUCCUAUGCUGCAGAGGUCUGGAUACAGAAACAAACUCUCGAGGAUCUUAGCGCGAAUCAUUUCGCCGUUCGAGAUUUCGAACCCCUUAGUGGUCAUGUGAAACAUACGCUUUGA